CAUAACGCAACAGAGUUAGUGAAGAAACUAAGACGGGAAUUAUCAAAGCUUUGAAGGAAUAUUAACGUACAGUAGUGUUGAAUGGGAUAUUAAAUCUGAAACUGUUCUUGAAGCCAAAGGAAAACUUUAAAAUUUACAAACAUGUGUAAUAUUACAAGUACAACAUUAUAGACCAGAAGAAAUUUGAUGACGUCAUGCAGUCAUCCGGAGAGCCUCAAAAUCAGUCGAUGGUGCCAUAUGACAUUCAGCCAGACAAUUACGCCAUAUCUUAUGACAACUUCUCUUUUGAUUAUCUUGACAAUUUUCCAUACGAGCUACAAGUUGACGAAGCGGAAAUAUUUUUAGAUCUAAGUGCAUUGAAUAUAUUCCUUAUUGUAUUAUACGGACUUAUUUUUAUCAUCGGACUUCUUGGAAACUUAUUCGUAAUAUUUGUUAUAAUACGCUUCAAGAGCAUGCGAACAUUGACGAACUACUUUCUCGUGAAUCUGACUUGUGGAGACAUUCUUGUUAUUGUAAUUUGUAUACCUGUGACACUCGGGAGCACCGUCUACAAGAAAUGGAUAUACGGCGAAAUAUUGUGUAAAUUAACUCCCUUUAUUCAAGGAAUAGCAGUCGGUGUGAGUGUGCUUUCUCUAUUGUUCAUCAGCAUUAGUAGAUAUUUUGCUAUUUAUAAACCACUUACAGCAAAGAUUGCGUUCUCCACUAAGAACGUUCGUAUAAUGAUUUGCGUAAUAUGGAUAAUUUCACUUGGUUCAUUCUCACCACUUUUAUUUGUUAAUUCGGUCAAAACCUCGAACUUGUUUGGUUUACUUGAAUCGAAAAUUUGUGAAGAACAGUGGAACAGUCAAUCCGAUAAAAAUGUGUUCAAUUUAUUUGUGUUCAGCGUGCUUUUUGUUUGUCCAUUCAUUAUAAUGCUCGUGGCAUACUCAGUAAUUGGCUAUACACUGUGGUAUGGAAACCCAACAUUAAGGGAUGCGUGCAAAAUGCACCAACUCAAAACGAAUCUGAUACUGAAACAACGCAGGAGGACGGUCAAAAUGUUGAUCUGUGUAGUGAUAUGUUUCGGAAUCUGCUGGCUACCAUAUUAUAUUGUAAACCUUUGGAUCGAUUUUAAUAUUGGGGACACAUCAAAGACUAGAUUGAUGACGACAGUGUAUACAUAUAUUUAUCCUCUUGUGAUGAUAUUAGGGCUUUCCAAUUCCGCAAUAAAUCCCAUAUGUUACUGCUUUCUAAGUCGUGGUUUCCGGCGUGGACUUCGUCAACUUCUGUACUGUAACGGCUUCCUUAAAAGAAGUAGUGUUUUCUUUAAAUCUUCAUUUAAACUAAAGUCAACUGUGAGUGAAAGUUUUGAUACAGCUAAUGUGUAGCUUCGUUGUAUAACUAUGUGAAUGUUAUAUGUGUGAUUAAAAUCUGGUGCAAUAUAUGUUUGAUGUUUACCUAACACUUCCUUCGGCUGCCGUAAUACGUUGGUAUUUUUGUAGCGUUCGUUGGUAUUUUUGAAGCGUACGUUGGUAUUUUUGUAGAGUACGAUUGUAUUUUUGAAGCGUACGUUGGUAUUUUUGUAGAGAUCGUUGGUAUUUUUGAAGCGUACGUUGGUAUUUUGUAGAGUACGGUGGAAUUUUGAAGCGUACUUUGGUAUUUUUGUAGCAUUCUACAGCGGGCUGUUUAAGGGUGCAGACUGACUAUUCGUGAUCAUAUUUAAUGAUACAAUCACUUAAUAAUAAUGCUUUGUUUAUUGUUUGUUUAUUAUCGUUGAAUUCAUUUGAAUAAUUGUUAAAAUAAAUUGAUGUAUGUUAAAACCAGUGUUUUUAUUGUUAAAGCGAUAUUGUUAUUUUUUCUUUGUAAAAUAAACUAAA